AUGAAAUAAAAUAAAUAAAAUAUACACAAGGUUAUCCGCAAGAGUAAUUUUAAAUCUCUAAUGUUCUUAUAGGACCUUGGACUGAUGAAGAGGAUUUAAGAGUACUUGAAUUAGUUUAAGAAUUUGGUCCUUAAAAAUGGACUCAAAUUGCUUAAUAUUUAGAAGGCAGAAUAGGUAAAUAAUGUAGAGAAAGGUUAUAAAUUAAAGAUUAUUUAUAGAUGGCAUAAUCAUUUAAAUCCUUCGAUUAAGAAAACUCCUUGGGAAGAAGAUGAAGAAUGGAUUUUAUUCUUAUAUCACAAAGCUUUAAGUAUGAAUCCAUAUGAUAGAUGCAGGUAAUAAAUGGGCAGAAAUAGCCAAACAUGUAAAAGGGAGAACAGAUAAUUCAAUCAAGAACCAUUGGAAUAGUGGCAUGAAAAAGAGAAUGACAGAAUUUUAAAUGAAGUUGGGUUAAAUUAAGUAGAAAUUUUAAAGAGAUGGGUAUCAUAAGAACCUUAAAUAAGAAUCUUUAUUUUGAAUGAAUUUGAUCCAUUGCAGAAAAAAGCUCUAGAGAUUAUCUUAAUGAAUAAAUAGUAUAAGAGCAUUACUACUGAAUCUUCUGAAAGUGAUGAUGUCUCAUAUCCUACCAAAUAAUCCAAGAAGAAUUAGUUGCACAAAGACUUAAUAGACUUUUAGAGAGAACAAUAACUUAAAACAUUAAAUGAUGAAAUGAUAGAAUAAAACUACAUUAGUGAUCAUGACUAAUAAAUAAGUAAUAGGUGAAUUAUUUCAUUAUAUAUUUUUAUAGUGUCAAUUCUUUCUAAUUGCUUACUACUUCUAAAAAGAAGAGUAAAUGUCAAUAUGAAGAAAAUGGUAUCGUGGAUUAUUGAACUUCCAUAAUAUCAAC